GGUUCCUUUUCAACAACUUCAGGUGCGUCCUAUGCGGCAUUAGCUUUUACGAGGAGCAGGCGAUUAAGCGACACCUGCACACUCGCCAUCCCAGUGAAUUGAAUGCCAAUUCCUGCGUUCUGUGCGGCAAAGAGUGCCGCGAUCGCAAGGCUCUGAUAAAGCACGCCUGGGACCAUUCGCGCGAGAAGUGCCAUUCGUGCUCCAAGUGCGGCAAGAACUUCCACAACAAGGCGCGUCUAAAGCGGCACAUGGCUCCGCAUCGCGACAAGUCGGUUGUAUGCGAGGUGUGCCAGGAAGAAUUCCCCGACGGUCGUACGCUCUCCAACCACCGGCACUCGCACAGCACUACUACGCCUGGCAAGCUUUUCCCGUGCAUUGAAUGCGGCAAGACAUUUGGUUCGCGCAGUUCCCAGCAGAUUCACGUACGUAUCCAUACCGGUGAGCGGCCAUAUGGCUGCCGCUUCUGCUGGAAGGCUUUCGCGGAUGGUGGUACUCUGCGGAAGCACGAGAGGAUCCACACCGGGGAGAAGCCAUAUGCCUGCUCCGUCUGCCCACGCGCCUUUAACCAACGGGUAGUGCUGCGGGAACACAUUCGCUCCCAUCAUUCUGGACUGGAUGUAUCACGGAACACCUACCACUGCACAGUCUGUUCCGAAGACCUGGCAUCGUCCAAUGACCUUAUCCAGCACCUGAUCCAACACAGUGAUUCAAACACAGCUAAGCAGCGACAGCCCGUUACGGGACCGCGCAAGUACAAACGUCGCCGUAAGCUACAGCCCCACGAGAUCGCUCACAUGCGGGCGGCGAACAAGAAUGGCAACGGUGAAGAGAAAGAGGCCAUAGGAGAAGGCGAUGGAGAGGAGUGUGCCAGUGACAUCGAUUUCUGCGACUUUGAUGUGGAAAACGUGGACGAUAUCUUUGACAUGGCAGAAUCACCCAAAAAAGAAAAGCGAAAGAGGGGCUCGGCAGCCACAAAAGCUGAUGCCAAACCCGUGACCAAUGGGAAAGCGGUGAAACCUGCCCAGGAUAAGGGCAAAGCUAAGCCGAGAUAUGACUCCACCAGCAGUCAGCAAUCGGAUCGCCUUUGGGAGGAAAAGUUCCUGCAGGACAGUCAAGUGGCUCUCUUUCAGAUCGAUUCGCUGGUAGUGGUCAACGACACUCAUUUGCAGCCCGCUAGCUCCGCUGUGCCUGCUAACAUACCCAACACAAGAGGUGGAUCGAAGCAGCAGGGAAAAGUUCAGGCAAAGUCUGUAGAAGGAGCCGAAAAUUUCAAUAGCUCAGCUACCACAUCUGACACUACAUUCUCCGCCUCCACCUCCACUGCCAGCAGUCGGAGCCGUAAGAGGGCGGCAACCACUAAAACAGCCAGCAAAGCAUCUCCUGCCAGUAAUUCGCGACCCCGAAUGAUUCACACAGAGAAAGCCAAGGUGACAAGGGGAGUUGGCGGAGACUCCUCUAGUAGUUCGACAAAGAAAACGCGCUCGAAGACCUAUAUUAGUCGCACGGAGUCGCACAAUCUGAGCCUCGACAAAUCCCGCAGCAGUGCCUCAAAUAUGGUGGAUGACUAUGAAAUCAUCUCUCCAGCUACUCAUCCGCCAAAUCAGAUCAGCUCCAGUCCCUUGCACAUCAAACAGGAGCAGGAGCAACAACAGCGUGUCCAACUUAUGUACGAUGAUAACCUACUGAUAGAUGCUGCUCUGCUGAGGGAGAAGACUUAUGAGAAGUUUAACCCGAGCAUUGUUAAUGAUCUGGAGGAGAUCCUCCGCUCUCCACUGAAGCACGAGAGAAAUUCUCGUCUUCGCUUUACCAGCGAGUCAUCCACCACGCCACAAUAUUUGCACGAAGAGGAGCAAAACCUUAUAAAAAUUGAGCCAACUUCUCCGGAUCUGCGGGAAAUGUUGGAGGGCCAGCAAAGAGUCAUCGCUCAUAGCGGCAGCACUCCUUCGUCCUCUUCAUCUGCUAGAACUUCCAGACAUCUGCGACAAAUCACUGCCAAUGGUGCACGGGCAGGCAGCAAGAGAUCUACAGGUGGCGUAGCCAGCAAGACGUCAGCAAUCCCGGGAGUGGUGGCCAAAAAAUCGAACACUGCCACCAAGGUGAGCAGCAGCUCAUCCUCGUACCUCUCGUACGGGGUGGAUUCCUACAAUGUAAACGUACCUGCCAGUGCCAACAACGGCGAUGUGGGCGGCGGAUUCUUUUCCAUCUCGGAGGUCGUUUCCGCAGCCGACGCCGCGGAUGCGGCUGCUAAAGCGGCGGCAGCUGGUAAAUCGGAGCGGAAAACUCGCAGUUUCGAGUGCGAAAUGUGCUCGGCCAUCUUUUAUGAUCGCGCCCAGCUGCUGGAACAUGUGCACAUUCACAUUUAAACGGAAGCUACCUAAACCACUCGCCCGGAGCCUUGUAUUUUUGAAACAUCUUAUCCUUAUAUACAAACAAAAUCGGAGUAAAUUACCUCAAGGUAUCGUGCAUCGAAAAAUAUCGUUGAUUUAUGCGUUAUUUCAAAAAUGGAACCUAAACCUAUUGUAGAGAGCAUAGUUCGUAAGGCUUUUAAGUUUGUACCUCAGCUUUUGUUUUGAAGAAUUGGUAUGCUGGAAUAAAUACAUCAUUAAAUGGUUUUUCAUUACCUU